AUGAGGGAGUCGGAGUUCCUCCAGGCGCUUCACUUCAACUCGAUCCGGUGCGGUGACGGGUCGGUCGCCAACAUGUCGGUGCCGGUCGUGCUCGCGGUCGACGACGAGAAGAGGGGGGAGAUCGGGGGCUGCGAGAGGGUGGUGCUGGUGGACGGCGAGGACAGGCCCGUGGCCAUUUUGAACGGCAUUGAGAUCUACAAGCAUAACAAGGAAGAACGAAUUGCAAGAACAUGGGGAACAACUGCUCGAGGACUUCCCUAUGUUGAGGAAGCCAUAACCAAUGCCGGAGACUGGCUAAUAGGAGGAGAUUUAGAGGUCAUAGAGCCAAUCAAGUACAACGAUGGCCUUGAUCAAUAUCGCCUCUCACCUGCAGAACUCAGGGAAGAGUUCUCAAGGCGCAAUGCUGAUGCAGUUUUUGCUUUCCAGCUUCGAAACCCUGUGCACAAUGGCCAUGCUUUGCUCAUGAAUGACACUCGUAGGCGCCUUUUAGAAAUGGGAUAUAAGAAUCCGAUUCUGUUGCUUCACCCUUUGGGAGGCUACACAAAAGCUGAUGAUGUGCCACUUGAAUGGAGAAUGAAGCAACAUGAAAAGGUGCUCGAGGAGGGAGUUCUAAAUCCAGAGACGACGGUUGUUGCCAUUUUCCCAUCGCCGAUGCAUUAUGCUGGCCCGACGGAGGUGCAGUGGCAUGCAAAGGCUCGGAUAAAUGCUGGUGCUAAUUUUUACAUUGUGGGAAGAGAUCCAGCUGGUAUGAGUCAUCCUACCGAAAAGAGAGACUUGUAUGAUGCAGAUCAUGGGAAGAAGGUACUAAGCAUGGCCCCUGGGCUUGAGAAGCUUAACAUCCUACCAUUCAGGGUGGCAGCGUACGAUAAAACCCAAGGGAAAAUGGACUUCUUUGACCCAUCAAGGCCACAAGACUUCCUCUUUAUCUCGGGCACCAAGAUGCGAACCCUAGCAAAGAACAGAGAGAACCCACCCGAUGGCUUCAUGUGUCCCGGUGGAUGGAAAGUUUUGGUUGAGUACUAUGACAGUGUUGCUGCUGCUUCCGGUGAAAGCAAGAAAGUACUUGAAACCAUUCAGGCCUAAACUUGUGUAUUGACUCAUUACUAUCCAUUUAGAUGACCUCAUAUCAUAUUAACCAUGUCUGUAAUAUUAUCGGCAGGAUUAUGCUUUUUGUGCUGGUCUGAAUUUUUAGGGUAAAGUGGUUAAUAAGAAAUAUUGCUGAGAACCAAGCAAUUUUUGCUGUAGAGAAAUUCUUUUGCGGCGGAAUAAAUGGGGCUUGUUCGUUGUUAUACCGUGUUCAUCACUUUGGUGAUUUAAAUUAUGGACAAUGGUUUCAGAUGUUUGUGUUGA